AUAACUUUAAACCGAGCAAAAUGUAUUACAGCAAAGGACAUUUUACUUUACUUCUAUUAUUAGUCCUGCAACAACUGGUAUUUGCAGUACCCUACUAUGAUAAAAUGUAUACGAAAUUGCCUUCCUUCAUAAAAGUAUGUCAUCGCAGCGAUCCACAGUUGAAUAUGUGUGCACGAAAUUCACUAAAUGAUUUAAAGGAACGAUUUAUUGUUGGUAUCCCCGAACUCUUUAUACCACCCAUUGAACCUUUAGUUAUACCAGAAGUUAAAAUGGAUCAAGAUUCGGGUGCUAUAUAUUUACAUUCUACUUUUAAAAAUGUUAAAAUAACUGGUCUAUCAAACUUCACAUUAAAUGAUAUAACUAUUGAGCCAAAAAAAUUAAAAUUCUCUUUAAGCACAAGUUUUCUAAAACUUUCCCUCAACUCUUUAUACAUAAUGAAAGGAAAAAUUAUGAUGAUGCCACUUGUUGGACAAGGCGGUUGUCAAGCUAACUUGACUGACGUGGAACUCAAAACGGUGAUUAUUGGACAAAAGUAUAAAAAGAACGGUGUCACAUAUAUUAAGGUAAAAGAUAUAAAUCUUAAAUAUGAGUUGGGUAAAGCUGAAAUGCAUUUGGAAAAUCUAUUUAAUGGUGAUAAUGCUUUGGGUGAACGUAUGAAUUCUUUUCUUAAUGAAAAUUGGGAAUCACUUUCGGACGAAGUACGACCUUUGUUGGAAAAUGCAAUGAUUGAAGUAAUACGCUCUUCGACGGAUAAAAUUUUCGAUGCUUAUAGUUAUGAUGAUUUAUUACCUGAGUAAAUUAUUAAAGAUUAUAAAAAUGUAUAAAAUAAAA